UGUGAUAAGUGUAUUCUAUUGCCUAUACCAGAAACAUUACCCGACAAACAAGAAGGUCUGGAAACUGUGUCUAUUGAAGGCUGGCCCAUUGGGCGCGCCGUUACGCGGACAUCUAGCUCUUUCGGAGGGCAUGGUGUUAUUGACACGGAAUCAAGCAUGGAUGUUCCUCUGAGCUUUUCAACACCGAGGGGAUUGGAUAUGUCGGGCAGCGUAGCUGCCGAGCCGGUUGAAAUGGAAGGCACUGAGGAUGAUCAGCCCGGAUCAGGCUCUCAAAAUGAGAGAGAUCCUCCGGUUCCUCUUGAUCAAAGCAUAAGGGGCUUCAUGGUGAAUGUUGGUGGAGAAGACAACUCAAAGUUUCUCCCCGCGAGCGAACUCGAGGAACUGAUUACAGCAAAGAAUGUCUCGAGAGAGCUCCAUCGUAUCCAGCUGUCUGGUGAUAUCCAAACGGUCACAACUAAAGUCCUUGAGGAGGGGCCAGCAGUCAAUGGGGAAUCGGCAACCCGAAAGAAGAUUUUCGCCUUACUUUGUCUCAUGGAUAAGGUCAGAUGGAUCGUGAAUUUCAUCCAAGAGGGCAUUUACGACUUUGAACUUCCCUUCCGAUUUGAGAAUGGCGGAAUUUACCGCAAAUUUGGGGCCAGAAUUUUCCUCUUCGAUGAAUGGAAGCACCACGAUCACUUCACAUUCGAACAUAUGCAGGGACAGGUAAUUGCACCAUACUUCAAGUUUAACUUAAUUACCGGGGAUACGUACAGUCAAUACUCGCUGCACAAGGAUGUUGUACUGCCUUUCAUUGAAGAGGCUACUGAACAAAGUGUGUAUGGCGAUCGUUUGAUUGGCGGCACAUCCGAAGUUCGCAAGGUCAGAAUACAUUCGGCGCACUAUGAGCAUACUGGUUCUGCAAUACCACAAACAAUGGCUUACUUCGCGAUCAAAAUGAUUCAUAACAUGGAGGCUGCCGAGGGGCCACCCACCCGCGAAAUGGAUGCGUAUCGGCGGCUAAAUCCGAAGCAACAUCCGCAUAUCGUGCGUCUACUUGCGUCAUAUCACCAUAAACGUAGGCGUCAUUUGAUAUUCCCCUGGGCCGAUGGUAAUCUGUUCCAUUUCUGGAGAGUCGGAUACCCGGAGAGGAACAGUCCUUCCAGAGGGUCAGCUUUGGCGAAAUGGCUAAUAGGCCAAUUCUUAGGCUUGUCGCAGGCUUUGGUCUGUAUUCACGAUUUGACAUCUGAGAAUCCUAGCCCCGGAGAUUACAAUAAAAAACAUGGCAGGCAUGGGGAUCUGAAACCGGAAAAUAUUCUAUGGUUUCGGUCUCCAUCUAAUCCAAAUUCGACUGAGUCCUGGGGAACCCUGCAAAUCUCAGACUUAGGUUCAACUGAGUUCCAUGAUACGAUCUCGCAAAAUGUCAGAGCCAGCAAAGUCGGUCAUCAUCCAGAGACUUACAAAGCGCCCGAAUUCGACAAGAUGCAGGAGGUAUCACCAAAAGCUGACAUUUGGUCUUUCGGAUGCGUCUUAUUGGAGUUCAUUGUAUGGUUCGCAAGCGGAUAUCAAGGCGUCGAAGACUUCUCUACUGCACGAAAAGACGACAGUAAUCUGCUUGUGCCGGGUGAUCACUUCUAUGACUACCACAAAGCCGACCAAGCAGUCAGUGUGAAAAAGUCCGUCUCAGAUCAAUUCCAAAGCAUUCAUGAUCUAGCUACCAGUGAUCUGAUAGUUGAUCUCGCAGCCUUCAUCGAGUCACGCAUACUUUUAGCAGAUCCGUCAGAACGCGCCACCUGCCAAGAAAUCGAAACCAGAUUUGCACGAUUACAGAGACUCUGCAAUGCAUCAGACGACUACUGCACCAGGAGAACGAUCAGACCGCCUGUCCGCUCAUCAACUGGUGGAUCCAAUAAGGUCCCUGUAUCGCUAUCGGCAGAGCAGCUUGCAGCCUAUGACGAAAAUCUCAGAGAUUCAGCCUCGCACCGCGCAUUGUCGAUCACCCCUAGUGCUUAUGAGAACGAUAUGAUCUCUGCAAGUGGGGGUACAUUUUCCACACACUCAACCCAGCAAAUUGUAGAGAAAGACAAGGUGGUGGGGCCAUUGCGAGGUGAGCGUCCUACUCUUCGUGCGCGAUUCCCAGAGCGGAUGCGCAGAAUCAUCGAAUCUUGCUUCAAAGCGGACAUAUUCUGA